UAAUGCAUUAACAAGAUUUAACAUUAAUGAAAACAUUAUGUAGAGCUGCCUCAAUCCCACAUUAAUAGAAGACUGCCUAUGCAUAACACAUUGAUUCCAGCGCUUUUUUAUAAGCAAGAAAUAAAAGCUUAUGUUAUGCAUUAAAGUAAUCUUCAUCUAACAACUAUGGGCAACUCAGCCACCAUCUAAAUAUAAACAUUAAAUAUCAUAAUUAGGACAUGAUACAAGGUUGAAAUCUUCAUUAUCAAAAUGAUUUCAAGAGACGCUAUAAGUUCAAAAAUUUAAGCAUAAACCUAAGAUAUUUAUAUGCCAUUAACAUAGAAGAAGUAUAACAAUUAUUACAAUUGCUGAAGUUGUGUGUACAGUGUAUUUACAUUAAUCACAGCAACUCUAAUUUCUUUCAUAUUUUGCAAAAGAAGCUAGAUUGG